AUGGCUGGGUCCCGUAGGAGUCCGGUGCUGAGAGAUCAGUGGAGCGCUGACCAUGAGCGCGAUCCCCGCGACAAUGACCGACGUAGAGGUCGAGGCUCUGGCCGCGAUCGAGGCAGAGGCAGAGGUCGUGAUAGAGGUCGCCCAUAUCGGCCCAACAACCGCAAUUUCGAUCGCCCGGGACGGUCGCCACCUCGCGCGUCCCGCUUUGGGCCUGACUCUUCUCAUGAACUAGGCGACUUUGCUCCUGAUCGAUCUCAUCCUCAAGGCUCCCCUGGACCCCCGAACUUCCACAACAACCGCCGCCUAGACUCGACACGACCAGCAGAUGCAGGCGAUUGGAACGCCAAUCCUUCUGCAUCCUUCGAUAGAGAAGGUGCCCCCGGGUUUCGCAGAGCCGAGUCACCAAACGGCCCCCCGUUCAAACGACAGAGAACUCGAAGUCCCUCACCUGGUGGGCGUCGUGGUCCUCUGCCCCCGCAACGUUCAAACUUCCCUAGGCAAGGGGAACCACGGGACCGAAGCCCUUCAUACAGAAAACGAGGCGGUCGGAAUCAAGGCCGUGGUGCUCCCAGAAGAAGAUCUCCUCGGCGAGGUCGCGACCGACGUGGAAAAGACCGCCGUCGACCAGACUUCCCUCGGCCCGGAAGAUCUAGGUCACCAGGACAUGAGCGGGGAUUCCCUCCUUCGCCCGACGGACGACCUCGUACCCCUGGAGGCGACAACUAUGGCGAUGAUUACAGCGAUCAUGGAUCUCAUUAUCGGUCCAGCUCAAGGCAUUCCGUUCAAUCAAUAUCCAAAUUCUCCUCAGCUUCUCAUACCUCAAGGCGCAACUCGAUAAUGAACUCGGUUCGACCAAACCAGUCUGCUCUGAACGAUCCUACUCGCUCUCCCUCCCCUCCCCGGCCAAUUCCGAGUUAUGAUACUGAAAACUUUGACACCACCGGAGAACAGUUCUCUAAUUCACGAGACGCUUUCUCCAUGAAUGGAUCGCGCCAUGAUGUGAAAAAUCAGUCACGUCGACGAUCCUCUCGGUCCCAUCUUGAUUCUCGGCCUUAUCAAUCGUCCACUCAGCAUGGUACAUCAACUGGCUCAUUCCAUGAUUCCCCGCAGCCUCCGUCGCCCUAUUCGGCGGGGCGAGGAGAAUGGAAUGGACCUCCUCCUUAUCCUGGACCAGGUCAUACUUCUCCUUACCAACAAGAUAAUCACUCAUCGCACAACGGUCACCCAGGAAAUUACUAUCACAAUCAAGACCAAUACAAUGGUCCUGGAAAUCACUCUCAGCACUCCUAUGGUGGAUCUCCCCACCGCGGCGGUCAUUCUGGUGGCGGCCCUCGAGGAAGUUUCUCCAAACAAAACUCCGAUCGACGAUUCCCGGGCUCUGGUCCGCACCCUUAUCACCCAGCACCGCCACAGCGCGGUGGGAGAGGGCAUUUCAACAACCUGCAAUGGACGGCAUCGGGCUCUCGGGGCCGUGGCGGCCAACAUAGCCCCCGGCCUGAUCCCAGAAAUAGGUCGCAGACUCCCAAUCGAUCACAUUCUCACAAUGAUCCAGAAUCUCCACCUGCAGGUGAACACGAGAACCACUCUCGAUCCUUGAACCGAGAUCCACAUGACGAUAGAGGGCAUUAUGGGAACGAAGACAUGGCCCGACCUCCCUCUGAUGAUGGAAAUGCCCCGUCGAUGCCACCACCUACCCGAGAAGCCAAUGACUCGACCCCUGGACCAAAGGGUGGAAAGUUCAGCUUUGCUUUCAAGCCAAAAGCAGUACCAUCUCCAGCCCCGAAGCCAGUACCUGACCUUGCCCAACGUAUGCAAGUUCGAGAACCGCCCCAGCGCGCACCUCCACAGGAGCCAGCAUCACCUCGCAAUCGCCUAACCAAUGGGCCAUUGCCCAAAUUCAGGCCAGACACAAGGAAUGAUCGUCGUGAUCGUGCACGAGAUAGGGCAGAUCGGGAUAGAAGAGACUUCCGUGAUUCUCGAGACUUCCGUGAUCCAAGGGACAGACGAGAUGAGCGCCGAUUUGAUCAGAAUCAACGUCGUGAUCGACGCAAGGGUGACCGCCCUCCAAAUCGACCAAUGGAUCGGCAGGACCGCUGGCGUGAACCCUACCCAGAGCCAACCCGAGAGGCACCACCAAAGCAGAAAGUGAUCUUGACUCGCCCAAAACCCCGACCCGUGCUCCCGGAAGAGUUUGCAAACGCUGAUUCGGUUUACUACCGCAAACCCGGUAAUGAAUCUGUGAUUGGAGCCGGGACAUACGGCAAAGUCUUUAAAGGAAUCCAUGUGUACACCCAGCGAAAGGUGGCGCUCAAGAAAAUCCGAAUGGAAGGCGAGAAAGACGGCUUCCCUAUCACUGCUGUGCGCGAGAUCAAGUUGCUCCAACAUCUUCGAAAUCAUAAUGUCGUCAGCCUCUUGGAGGUCAUGGUCGAGAAGAAUGAGUGCUUCAUGGUCUUUGAAUAUCUGUCCCAUGAUCUGACAGGGCUGAUCAACCACCCCACGUUCUCCCUCUCUCUUGCACACAAGAAAGAUCUCUCCAAGCAGAUGUUCGAAGGCCUCAACUACCUCCAUCAUCGUGGCGUACUUCACAGAGACAUCAAGGCAGCCAACAUUCUAAUCAGCAAUCGCGGGUUGCUGAAGUAUGCUGACUUCGGCCUGGCUCGGUUCUUCUCCAAAAGCCGCCAACUUGACUACACCAACCGAGUCAUUACCAUUUGGUAUCGACCCCCCGAACUCCUUCUGGGAGAAACUCGGUACGGUCCCGCCGUUGACGUAUGGAGUGCUGCGUGCGUGUGCAUGGAAAUGUUCACUAAGAAGGCGGUCUUCCCUGGAGAAGGUGGUGAACUCAGUCAGAUGGAAAAGCUCUAUAACGCAUUGGGUACACCUACCAAGAGUGAAUGGCCAGAUCUCGUAGAGAUGCCCUGGUUCCAUCUUAUGCGACCAAAAGAACGCAGGAAGCGCGUGUUUGAGGACCAAUAUCGCGAUGUCCUGUCACCCGGCGCAAUGGAUCUCAUUUCUUCGAUCUUCCGCUAUGAUCCCACACAACGGCCAAGUGCCGAGGACGUUCUCAAGCAUCCAUACUUCACAUCGGAAGAACCAUCCCCCCAUCCACCGAUUGAAUUGGAGCACGUUGAAGGCGACUGGCACGAGUUUGAAUCUAAGGCUCUUCGAAAGGAAGCUCGGCGCGUCGAGUAUCAAAACCAGAAGGAUCGCGAUAAGCGCAAGGCUGACAGCUCAGUGCCGAGCAGCGCUCGGGAUCCCAAGCGCACUAGGCAAGAAGCCAGCGACCAUGCUUCGCAUUGA